CCUCGUUUUAUAGCCGCGACUGGGACCCUGAGGCCCUCCCCUUUCCUCAAGAGAUGCGUCUCUGUCAGUCCUCGAUCAGGAAGUGGAAACAGCCAGAAAUGAGCCGAAGAGGGAGCCUCAGCACACCUCCUCUUCCAAAUUAACUGGUGACUUGUUAGCGCUGAGGCUACCACCUCUCCAAUCCUCCCGCGGGGCACCCCGCCACCUCGAGGUCCCCCACUCCUCCCCCUUCAUUGCCCCGGCCCACAGCUCCGCCCCAGCUCCCCAACCCGGCGCAAUGGAGUUCUCCGAAAGGCUCUGUUCCAGCCACAGCUGCUAACUUCGCACCCUUCGCCGCCGCCGGUCACCCUUGGCCAGCCCCGCUGCAGCCACCGAGUCUUGGGCGUCCCGAGCCUAGUGCCGCAGCCAGGACCCACCCGGCGCGCAGCAGAAGCACUGCGCCCAGGCGCCUCUUGGAGAGCAAAGGCUGCGCCAAGACGCUGACACAAGAAGCCUGAGCCUGGGAAGCGGGCUACGUGACUCGGAGCGCCGCGGCUUGUGUGGACAAAUAGCCUCCGCUACCGCGCACCCAAGCUGCUCUGGUUGGCGGGAGAGAGGCGCGCAAGGACGCAGGGGUCUGCGGCGAUCUUCCAAUCGCCCUUUGCCCCGGGGCGCACUAUGACCUGACGCGCGGGCGCCUCCUGCCCAGGGCUCCUGCAACCCGGCGGCCGGAGACAGAAGGGCUCGCCACCAAGCUCCUACGAGGCCGCCCUGGGUCUUUUGGAACACUCUUCCCCAGCUUCCUCCCCCGGGUUCUGCGCCUCCCUCCCUGGGGCCCGGUGCCAUGGAGCUCUCUGAUGUGCGCUGCCUUAGCGGCAGCGAGGAACUCUACACCAUCCACCCGACGCCCCCGGCCGGCGACGGCGGGAGCGGCUCUCGGCCGCAGCGGCUGCUGUGGCAGACAGCGGUGAGGCACAUCACCGAGCAGCGCUUCAUUCAUGGGCACCGGGGCAGCGGCUGCGGCGGCGGGAACGGAGGCUCCGGUAAAGCCUCGGACCCUGCAGGCGGCGGCCCCAACCACCAUGCGUCGCAGCUGUCCAGCGACUCGGCGUUGCCCCUCUACUCGCUGGGCCCGGGGGAGAGAGCGCACAGCACCGGCGGCACCAAAGUCUUCCCGGAACGCAGCGGGAGCGGCAGCGCCAGCGGCAGCGGGGGCGGGGGCGACCUGGGCUUCCUGCACCUCGACUGCGCCCCGAGCAAUUCGGAUUUCUUCCUCAAUGGGGGGUAUAGCUACCGAGGGGUAAUUUUCCCCACCCUGCGCAACUCCUUCAAGUCCCGGGAUCUGGAGCGCCUCUACCAGCGCUAUUUCCUGGGCCAGAGGCGCAAAUCUGAGGUGGUGAUGAACGUGCUGGACGUACUGACCAAACUCACCCUCUUGGUUCUCCACUUGAGCCUGGCCUCGGCCCCCAUGGACCCGCUCAAGGGCAUCCUGCUAGGCUUCUUCACUGGCAUCGAGGUGGUGAUCUGCGCCCUGGUGGUGGUCAGGAAGGAGACCACCUCGCACACGUACCUGCAGUACAGCGGCGUGGUCACCUGGGUGGCCAUGACCACCCAGAUCUUGGCAGCGGGCCUUGGCUACGGGCUCCUGGGCGACGGCAUCGGCUACGUGCUCUUCACACUCUUCGCCACCUACAGCAUGCUGCCGCUGCCGCUCACCUGGGCCAUCCUGGCCGGCCUGGGCACCUCGCUACUGCAGGUGGUCCUCCAAGUGGUUAUCCCCCGGCCGGCGGUAAUUUCCAUCAACCAGGUUGUCGCCCAGGCAGUGUUAUUCAUGUGUAUGAACACAGCUGGAAUCUUUAUCAGUUACCUGUCAGACCGGGCCCAGCGCCAAGCCUUCCUGGAGACACGGAGGUGUGUGGAGGCCAGGCUGCGCCUGGAAACGGAAAACCAAAGACAGGAGCGGCUCGUGCUAUCUGUGCUCCCCCGGUUUGUCGUCCUGGAAAUGAUCAAUGACAUGACCAAUGUGGAAGGCGAGCACCUGCAGCACCAGUUCCAUCGGAUCUACAUCCAUCGCUAUGAGAAUGUCAGUAUUCUUUUUGCAGAUGUUAAAGGAUUUACCAACCUCUCCACGACCUUAUCCGCUCAGGAGCUGGUCAGGAUGCUCAACGAGCUCUUUGCCAGAUUUGAUCGACUGGCCCAUGAGCAUCACUGUCUUCGCAUCAAAAUCCUGGGAGACUGCUACUAUUGUGUUUCUGGACUUCCUGAGCCCCGCCAAGACCAUGCCCACUGCUGUGUGGAAAUGGGCCUCAGCAUGAUCAAAACCAUCAGGUAUGUGCGGUCAAGGACAAAGCAUGAUGUUGACAUGCGAAUCGGAAUUCACUCGGGCUCAGUGCUAUGCGGCGUGUUGGGCCUACGGAAGUGGCAGUUUGAUGUCUGGUCUUGGGAUGUGGACAUUGCCAACAAACUCGAAUCUGGAGGAAUCCCCGGGAGGAUUCACAUUUCCAAAGCCACGCUAGACUGCCUCAACGGUGACUAUAAUGUGGAAGAGGGUCACGGUAAAGAGAGGAACGAAUUCUUGAGGAAGCAUAAUAUAGAGACCUAUUUAAUUAAGCAGCCUGAAGAGAGUCUGCUGUCCUUGCCAGAAGACAUUGUCAAGGAGUCCGUGAGCUCUUCAGACAGGAGAAACAGUGGGGCGACGUUCACGGAAGGAUCCUGGAGCCCCGAACUGCCCUUCGAUAACAUAGUGGGGAAACAGAACACUCUGGCUGCCCUAACAAGAAAUUCAAUAAAUCUACUUCCAAACCAUCUUGCACAAGCUUUGCAUGUCCAGUCUGGGCCUGAGGAAAUUAACAAGAGAAUAGAACAUACCAUCGACUUGCGGAGUGGCGAUAAAUUGAGAAGAGAACAUAUCAAGCCAUUCUCACUGAUGUUUAAAGACUCCAGCCUGGAGCACAAGUAUUCUCAAAUGAGAGAUGAAGUAUUUAAGUCAAACUUGGUCUGUGCGUUUAUCGUUCUUCUAUUUAUCACGGCAAUACAAAGUUUACUUCCUUCAUCAAGGGUGAUGCCAAUGACCAUCCAGUUUUCCAUCCUGAUUAUGCUGCACUCAGCUCUGGUCCUCAUCACCACAGCGGAGGAUUAUAAGUGUUUGCCCCUCGUCCUCCGGAAAACUUGCUGUUGGAUUAACGAGACCUAUUUGGCCAGGAACGUCAUCAUCUUUGCAUCCAUCUUGAUUAAUUUCCUGGGCGCCAUCCUAAAUAUCCUGUGGUGUGAUUUUGACAAGUCGAUACCCUUGAAGAACCUGACUUUCAAUUCCUCAGCUGUGUUUACAGAUAUCUGCUCCUACCCAGAGUACUUCGUCUUCACGGGGGUGUUGGCCAUGGUGACCUGUGCGGUUUUCCUCCGACUGAACUCUGUCCUGAAGCUGGCCGUGCUACUGAUUAUGAUCGCCAUCUAUGCCCUGCUGACCGAGACCAUCUACGCAGGUCUCUUUCUAAGCUAUGACAACCUGAACCACAGUGGAGAAGAUUUCCUGGGGACCAAGGAGGCAUCGCUGCUGCUGAUGGCCAUGUUCCUCCUCGCUGUGUUCUACCAUGGACAGCAGCUGGAGUACACAGCCCGCCUGGACUUCCUUUGGCGAGUCCAGGCCAAAGAGGAGAUCAAUGAGAUGAAAGAGCUGAGGGAACACAAUGAGAACAUGCUCCGGAACAUCUUACCCAGCCACGUGGCCCGCCAUUUCCUGGAGAAAGACCGAGACAAUGAGGAGCUGUAUUCUCAAUCCUAUGAUGCCGUCGGGGUGAUGUUCGCCUCCAUCCCAGGGUUUGCAGACUUUUACUCUCAGACCGAAAUGAACAACCAAGGAGUGGAAUGCCUGCGCCUCCUGAAUGAGAUCAUUGCUGACUUUGACGAGCUGCUCGGUGAAGACCGGUUUCAAGAUAUUGAAAAGAUUAAGACCAUUGGCAGCACCUACAUGGCCGUGUCAGGCCUGUCACCUGAAAAACAGCAAUGUGAAGAUAAGUGGGGCCAUUUGUGUGCCCUGGCCGACUUCUCUCUCGCCCUGACCGAAAGCAUACAGGAGAUCAACAAGCAUUCGUUCAACAAUUUCGAACUCCGGAUUGGUAUCAGCCACGGCUCAGUGGUAGCUGGUGUAAUCGGCGCUAAGAAACCGCAGUAUGACAUUUGGGGCAAAACCGUGAACCUGGCAAGUCGAAUGGAUAGUACAGGGGUCAGUGGCAGGAUCCAAGUCCCAGAGGAGACCUAUCUCAUCCUGAAGGACCAGGGCUUUGCCUUUGACUACAGAGGGGAGAUCUACGUCAAGGGCAUCAGUGAACAGGAAGGAAAAAUCAAAACGUACUUUCUCCUGGGAAGAGUCCAGCCCAACCCGUUCAUCCUGCCCCCAAGAAGACUGCCCGGGCAGUACUCCUUGGCCGCGGUUGUCCUGGGCCUUGUCCAGUCCCUCAACAGGCAAAGGCAGAAGCAGCUACUCAAUGAGAACAGCAACACGGGGAUCAUCAAGGGCCAUUACAACCGGCGGACUUUAUUGACACCCAGCGGGCCAGAGCCUGGAGCCCAAGCCGAAGGCACCGACAAGUCCGAUUUGCCAUAA